AUGGCCAAGGAGUUCUUGAAAACCCACGAUAAGUUUAUUGCCAACCGACCUCUUACUGCUGUAGGAAAAUAUAUUGGCUAUAAUUUCAAAGAUCUAAUAUUGUCUCUUUACGGGCCUUAUUGGAGACACAUGAGGAAGCUAUGUGUGGUAGAAUUGUUGAAUACCAAAAGGAUCGAUUCCUUCAGAUGUACACAAGAGGAAGAAAUGCUUUUGGCUAUUCAUUCAGUGUGGGAGAUGUCUAGGCAGGGUGAGAAACUUGUUAAUCUCACCAACUUGUUUUCAUCGUUUAUGCAGGCAGUCAUGUGGCGAAUCCUUUUCGACACUAAAAUUUUUUCUCAUAGUCACGCUAAAGUGGGUGGUAAUGGACUAGAUGGGUUUGCAAGGCGUGUAGCGGCAGCUGAAAAGGUACACAAUUUGAUCGCGCAAGCUAUACAAAUUCUACAUGAUAUAUUCUUGGCUGGAGUUGAAACGACGUCUGCUACAAUAGAAUGGGCAAUGAGUGAGAUUCUUAGAAACCCUGGUGUGGCUAAGAAAAUGCAAGAGGAAAUAGUGUCGGUGGUCGGCAGAGAAAGGACAGUAUGUGAGCGUGAUAUAGGAAGCUUAGAGUACAUGCAGUGUGUGGUGAAGGAGACGCUGAGGUUAUAUCCUGUGUUACCCUUGAUUUUUCCGCACGAAUCCACAAAAGACUGUACAGUUGGGGGAUACUUCAUUUGGGCUAUUGGAAGAGACCCAUCGUUGUGGGAAGAUCCUCGGAAUUCAAGCCAGAGAGAUUUAUGGACAAAAAUGAAUUUGUGA